AGGUCCCAGGACAUGAGAGGUAUCAGCCCCCAUGUGUCCUCACCCAGGCCCAGCCCCUCUCCUUGCCUCAUUGGCUGGAGCCGGGGUCCCACGAGAGGAGGUGCGCGAGCGGUGUCUCCAGGGCCCUGGAGGAAGGGAGAGAACGGGAGGGUGAGGUGUCGGUUCCCCAUUGGUCUGGGGCAGGCUCUCUGCAGCAACCCCCACUGCGCGUACACAAGUACACCCCUGCACCCCAACCACAGCCCCUGCUCGCUGAGCCAGCUCCACAGACCAUGAGGCUGUCGCUGCUGCUGCUGCUGCUGGGGGCCUGGACCAUCCCAGGGGGCCUUGGGGACAGGGCCCCGCUCACAGCCACCGCCCCCGAGCUGGACGAUGAAGAGAAGUUCUCAGUUCACAUGCCUGCUCACCUGCGCUGUGACGCCUGCAGGGCGGUGGCCUACCAGAUGUGGCAGCAUCUGACAAAGGCAGAGGCCAAGCUUCCCACCCUGGACUCCGGGGGCCGUAGCAAGCUGAGCGAGUCGGUAUACACAGACGUCCUGGACCGGAGCUGCUCCCAGACCUGGCAGGACUACGGAGUUGGAGAAGUGGACCAGGUGAAACGUCUCAUGGGCCCAGGACUUAGGAAGGGGCAGGAGCCGAGCAUCAGUGUGAUCAUCAUGGGGGCGCCGUGGCCCACCAGGCUCUCCAAGACAUGCUUUCACUACCUGGGGGAGUUUGGAGAAGACCAGAUCUAUGAAGCCCACCAACAAGGUCAAGGGGCCCUGGAGGCAUUGCUGUGUGGAGGCCCCCGGGGGGCCUGCUCAGAGGAGGCACCAGUCACAAGGGCAGAGCUCUAGUCCAACUCCUCCUUCCCCUUCCUGGUCAGCCCCUAAAGGGAGCUGGGCUUCCUCUGGAUCUGUCCCCUCCUUUCUGCAGGCUGCCUGGAGCGCCGGGAGGCCUUGUUCUUCUGUGCUGCCACUCUCCCUCCCUCCUCCAGCUUCUGGGCCCUGGGGCCUGGGGGGCGGCCAAGGCCUUCCCCUCUGGCCUCAAAUAAAACCAGUGACCUCGA